AUGCUUCAGGAGCCGCUGGACGCCAUCAGUGAAGAGAUCCGGUGGGUGCGCUUUAACUCAGCUCCCCAGAACCUGGGCUUCUCUGAGGAGCUGUCUUCUCCUCUGAGCCCCAAGGUGGGUGAGGUGCCGAGGCGGUGUCCUCUGCGGCCCGUGUGCCCCCCAGCCCUCCGGGUGUCCGGGGGCCCCGAGGCCUGCCUGGGCCACACGCGCACAGCUACGCCCCUGUCCCGGGCCUGUGUCCAGAGCGGCCGCAGGCCGGUGACCGUGCGCAGGACCAGGCAGAGCUGCUGCUCAGAUAGUUCUCGUCACGUCAGCCCAGGCCGAGGUGCCCGUCCGUGCCUGUGUGCCGAGCACGCGGGGCUCGGGGGGAAGGCAGGGGUGAACGGCACAGCCAGCCAUCGCAGGUGGAUCCAGGAGGAGAAGGAGAGCUCGGAGCAGCGGGCCGAGGAGACUGACAGCAGGGCGGGCGGGGCGCGCUUAGGCAGCCUUCGGCGUUUUAAGUCCCUGAGCUCCCUCAACCUGUGUCCUGCCUCCUCACUUGCCGGCUCCUGCCCGCCCAGCAGGGAGCGCUCCCCACCCCGAGGGAGGCAGCACAGCCCGGAGCUCCAGGGAGAUCGGCUGGACGUCCUGACUCCGCUGCCAGCUUUAAUGGAAGAGGAAGAAGACGACGAGACCAGCAUCAAAGGUGGAACCUCGAGCCCUGCCUCGCCACGGUCCCUUCGGCUGGACCGGCUGCACACGGGGGCGCUGCGCGGGGCCGGCCCCGAGGACGUCAGGGACGCCCGCAACUCGACUGGCUCUCAGGACGGCCCCGGGGGCAACCCCAGCAGCAGCACCAUCAGCCAGGACUCGCUGCACAAAGCCGCGAAGAAGAAGGGCAUCAGGUCCUGCAUCGGCCGCUUGUUUGGCAAGAAGUAA